AUGACAUGUUUUACAAAGCUGGUGUUUCUGCUGUUUUUACUCGUCCUCGUCGGCGAGUGUCGGAAGCACAAACUAGGCAGGAGGAGGAGGUGGACCGGACCCGUGGAGGUGCACAAGCACGGCACGCAGCUGUCAAAGUCCAUAGAUGGUACCAAGACACGGAAGCUAAAGACAGAACAACUUCUCAGGGUCGAUGACCAUGAUUUUACCAUGAGACCAGCAUUUGCAGGUCCUGCUGUCCCUGUGGGUGUGGACGUACAGGUGGAAAGCUUGGACAGCAUUUCUGAGGUGGACAUGGACUUCACCAUGACACUGUACCUGAGACACUACUGGAAAGAUGAGCGCCUGUCCUUCCCCAGCUCCACUAAUAAGAGCAUGACGUUUGAUGGACGCCUCGUGAAGAAGAUCUGGGUUCCUGAUGUCUUCUUCGUACACUCCAAGAGGUCUUUCAUUCAUGACACCACUACAGACAACAUCAUGCUCCGGGUGUUCCCUGACGGCCACGUGCUUUACAGUCUGAGGGUUACUGUAACCGCUGCCUGUAACAUGGACUUUAGCCGCUUCCCCCUGGAUUCUCAGACUUGCACCCUGGAGCUGGAAAGCUAUGCCUACACCGACGAAGACCUCAUGCUGUACUGGAAGAGCGGGGAUGAGUCGCUGAGCACUGAUGACAGAAUAUCCCUGUCCCAGUUCCUCAUUCAGAAGUUUCACACUACCUCCAGACUUGCCUUCUACAGCAGCACAGGAUGGUACAAUCGUCUGUACAUCAACUUCACCCUGCGGCGACACAUCUUCUUCUUCCUGCUGCAAACCUACUUUCCGGCCACGCUGAUGGUCAUGUUGUCCUGGGUGUCCUUCUGGAUUGACCGCCGAGCCGUACCUGCCAGAGUGUCCCUAGGCAUUACCACGGUGCUCACCAUGUCCACCAUCAUCACUGGGGUCAAUGCCUCCAUGCCCAGAGUCUCCUACAUCAAAGCUGUGGACAUCUACCUCUGGGUCAGCUUUGUGUUUGUCUUCCUGUCUGUACUUGAGUAUGCUGCAGUCAACUACCUGACCACUGUAAAGGAUGGAAAAGACCGGAAGCUCAGAGAGAAGGCAAGAGAACAGUCUUUGCCCUGCACCUGUGGCAUGUCCCACACCCGCACCAUGAUGCUGGAUGGGACAUACAGUGAGGCGGACACCAACAGCCUAGCAGGAUACACGCAGGCGCCCAUGGUACCUGAGGAACCCGAGAAGCAAGAGCGCAUGGUAGUGCACCUGUCUCUGGACAGCGAGUCCACCGGGACCAAGAAGAAGGGCCUCCGAGGCUUCAGCAUCAUCCACAGCACACACGCCAUCGACACGUACUCUCGCAUGAUCUUCCCUGGGGCCUACAUCAUCUUCAACCUCAUCUACUGGUCUGUUUACUGCUGA